CAAAGAAAAGGCUCAGCAGCGUGAGUUUUCCUGAUGUGUGGAAGUUUUCACAGGCGGUUGUUUUGUCGUAUCGCAGAUGAAUAUUUGAUCACUUAAAGAUGAGUUCAGUCCAGAAUCUGAGAGAGUUGAUCAACCAGCGACUAACUGCUGCUGCCGAAGAAAUAUUCACAGAGUUUGAGAAAACCAUCGUUCAGUACGAGGAGGAGAUCGAUCGUCAGCGCAGACUGCUGGAAAACAUCUGGAAACCACAGAUAACACAACACACAGCAGAACUCCCACAGCAACAGACCUGUAAGGAGGAGGAGGUUCCCACUGAGCAGAAUGUCUGUAUCCAGGAGAGGAACUCCAGUGUGGACCAGGAGAACCCAGAGACUCUACAGAUUAAAGAGGAACAAGAGGAACUCCCCACCAAUCUGGACCAGGAGGACGCAGAGCCUCCACAGAUGAGAGAAGAAGAGGAAGAACUCUGCAACAGUCUGGACAGACAGCAGUCUGGACAGACAGCAGCAGCAGACAUGAAUCAGAAGGCAGAUAGCUUUAUGCUAGUUCAGUGCAAAUCCAAAUGUGAAGAAUUACCAAGAGAAAAAUUCAGUGUCUCUGAAAACACAAUUGGCCAGUACGAGGAGGAGAUCCAUCGUCAGCGCAGACUGCUGGAUAACAUCUGGAAACCACAGAUAACACAACACACAACAGAACUCCCACAGCAACAGAUCUGUAAGGAGGAGGAGGUUCCCACUGAGCAGAAUGUCUGUAUCCAGGAGAGGAACUCCAGUGUGGACCAGGAGAACCCAGAGACUCUACAGAUUAAAGAGGAACAAGAGGAACUCCCCACCAAUCUGGACCAGGAGGACACAGAGCCUCCACAGAUGAGAGAAGAAGAGGAAGAACUCUGCAACAGUCUGGACAGACAGCAGUCUGGACAGACAGCAGCAGCAGACAUGAAUCAGAAGGCAGAUAGCUUUAUGCUAGUUCAGUGCAAAUCCAAAUGUGAAGAAUUAUCAAGAGAAAAAUUCAGUGUCUCUGAAAAGACAAUUGGCCAUUACGAGAAAGAGAUCAAUCGUCAGCGCAGACUAUUUAAUAUCACCCAGAAUCUCCAAAUAAAGUUACACAGAAUAGACCUUCAACAGCAACAUAUUUAUCAGGAGCAGGAGGUUUUCACUGAUCAUCUGUACUGUAAACGGGAGAGGAGCUUCUGUUUAGAUCAGAAGGAUCCAGAGCCUCUGCAGAUGAAAGAAGCACAGGAGAAACUCUGCAUCAGUCUGGAUCAGGACAAUUUAGAACCUCCACAGAAUAAAGAGGAACAGGAGAAACUCUGCAUCAGUCUGGACCAGGACGACCCAAAACUUCUACAGACUGAAGAGGAACAGAAGGAACUCUGCAGCAAUCAGGAGGGAGAGCAGUUUGGUAUCUGCCCAGACCAGGAAGGAAGCAAGCAUCCAGACUCUGGUUCAACUAACAAUUUGGUGCUGAAGACACAAGACAGAAACAGCAGUCACAGUAACAAUGUUGACAGCUCUUCUAUGUCACGGAUUCACUGUGAUGCUGACACAAGGAAAAAGACUCAAACAUGUGAUGUCUGUGGAAAAUACUUUAAAUAUAAGUCCGCUUUAAAGACACAUUACAGAAGCCACACAGGUGAGAGGCCGUUUGCUUGUGAGACAUGUGGGAAAAGUUUCACUCAACGUCACCAUAUGACUGAUCACAUGAGAACUCACACACGUGAGAAGCUGUACCUUUGUAAGGUCUGUGGAAAAAGCUUUUAUGGUCUUGCGGCAUUCCAAAUGCACAGAACAAUUCACAAAGAUCAGAAUCUGAAUUCUUGUAAAAUCUGUGAGAAAAAUGUAACUCCUUGUGGUAGUUUGAAAGACUACAUGAAGGUCCACACGGGUGAGAGGCUGCAUUCCUGUAAGAUUUGUGGACAAAACUUCAUUCGAAAUAGUAAUUUGAAAGUCCACAUGAGAAUCCACACAGAUGAGAGGCUGUAUUUCUGAAACAUGUGGGAACUAAGCUCUAAUCUGAGAGUUAGUACAGUUUAAAGGUUGAUGUUUGAUAUUUAAAGUUCUGAUGGUGAGUUCUAUAAUCAGCUGGUCACUGGAAACUGUCCCUGGUGCUCCACUACCAGCAGGGUGCAAAAAGACACAGAUGAGGGACAAGAAGCCAAACUAUUCUUUAUUUUAUUUUUUUAUGUUGGGCUCCACAUGUCUGAGACAAGGUAGACAAUUAGUUACUGCUGGAAAUAAUGAAAUUGAUUUCAACACACUAGAGAAUCUGACCUGUAGGGAGAAGAAAUUUUUGAGAUUCUGCUGUUUCUCAGUUACCAGUGAAAGUGAUCAAAUUAGUGCCAAUGACCAUCAUUUGUACAGAGUUGAGACUUCCUUGUUGUGUCCUUCAGCUGAAAGGUAACUGUUUAAAUGUUUUUGUUAAACUGGUAAAACAUCAGUACGUAAAGGAAUUUAAUUAACAUUUUGUAUUGAAGUUUAUGUUUUUCUACAUUUUGACAGCAUUUCCAUCUUUACUGCAAAUGUAAAUUGAUUAUAAUAUCAGGUAUCGGCCUCUUUGAUCACUUAUAAUCUCUGCUUGUGUCAACUGGACCAAAGAAACCUGUGAUACUUGACAACACUGGAUUGAAAAGAGUAAGUUGAAAUUCUUGGACAUGAUUAUUAGUGUCCAAGAGUAAUUGUCAUUUUCUGAUGACGUUUUUUUUGUUUGUUUUUUAUAAAAUAAAGAUCAACAGAGAAAAGGA